CCGGCCCCCUCCCGGCCCUGUCCUCAGGCCCCUUCCCCUGAUCCCCACGUAAGCCCUCCUCCCGCCCCGCCCCUCCUCGGUCCCCCGUCCCGCCCCCUCCUCGGUCCCCCCGCGCCCCUGCCCCGCGCGCCCACCAGCCGCUCCCAGCCGGCACCUGGUCCGCAGCGUCCCCUCCCGGCGCCCUCCCGGCGCCCUCCCGGGUCCCCGCCGCCCGCCGCCUGCGUACGGGGUGACGCAGCGCCGCCUCCCCGCCUGCCCGCGCCGCCGCCCCGGCGACUGCAGGGGCCGCUAACGGUCCCGCGCCCCCCGCGUCCGCGCGCCCCCGGCCCGGCGACCAGGCCGCGCCGGCCGCGCUGGGGCGAUGGGGCGGCGGAGCCGCUGCGCUCGGUGCUGUGGGUGAAGCAGCAGCGCUGCGCCGUGAGCCUGGAGCCCGCGCGGGCACUGCUGCGCUGGUGGCGGAGCCCGGGGCCCGGGCCCGACGCGCCCGGCGCCGAUGCCAUCUCGGUGCCGGUGUCUGAGAUCAUCACCGUGGAGGAAGCAGACACUCGCAGGAAGCAGCACGCCGGCCGAUGGCAGAAGAUGGGACAGCCUUGCGCGUUCACAGUUCACUGUGUGAAGCGAGCUCGGCGUCACCGCUGGAAGUGGGCGCGGGUGACCUUCUGGAGCACUGACGAGCACCUGUGUCACCUGUGGCUGCAGACCCUCCGGGAGCUGCUGGAGAGGCUGACAUCCAGACCCAAGCACUUGCUGGUGUUCAUCAACCCAUUUGGAGGGAAAGGCCGAGGCAAGCGGAUCUAUGAAAGGAAAGUGGCGCCGCUGUUCCUGCUGGCCUCCGUCACCACCGAGGUCAUCGUGACCGAGCGUGCGAACCAGGCCAAGGAGACUCUGUACGAGGUCAACACGGACAAGUAUGAUGGCAUCGUGUGUGUGGGCGGCGACGGCAUGUUCAGCGAGGUGCUGCACGGUCUCAUCGGGAGGACCCAGAGGAGCGCCGGCGUGGACCAGAACCAGUCCCGCGCCAGGCUGGUACCCAGCCCCCUCAGGAUCGGCAUCAUCCCCGCAGGGUCGACAGACUGCGUGUGCUACUCCACCGUGGGCACUAAUGACGCGGAGACGUCGGCCCUGCACAUCAUCCUUGGGGACUCGCUGGCCAUGGACGUGUCCUCUGUGCACCACAACAACAUGCUGCUGCGGUACUCGGUGUCCCUGCUGGGCUAUGGCUUCUAUGGGGACUUGAUCAAGGACAGUGAGAAGAAGCGGUGGAUGGGCCCCGCCAGAUACGACUUCUCAGGUGUGAAGACCUUCCUCUCACAUCACUGCUACGAAGGAACGGUGUCUUUCCUCCCAGCCCGGCACACCAUGGGGUCUCCACGGGACCAGAAGCCCUGCCGGGCGGGGUGCCUGGUGUGCAGGCAGAGCCGGCAGCAGCUGGAGCAGGAGCAAGCUCAGCACGGCGCGCCAGACUCCGAGAAGGUGGAGGCAUGGCAGGUCAUCUGCGGCAAGUUUCUGGCCAUCAAUGCCACGAACAUGUGCUGUGCUUGUCCCAGGAGCCCCAGAGGCCUGUCCCCAGCCGCCCACCUGGGAGAUGGGACUUUUGACCUCAUCCUCAUCCGGAAGUGCUCCAGGUUCAACUUCCUGAGAUUCCUGCUCAGGCACACCAACCAGUACGAUCAGUUCGACUUCAGUUUUGUUGAAGUCUACCGCGUCAAGAAAUUCCAGUUCACGUCCAAGCACCAGGAUGACGAGGACAGCGACCUCAAGGACGGGGGGAAGCAGCCGUUUGGGCAGAUCUGCAGCGACAGCCCCGCCUGCUGCUGCUCGGCCUCCCGCAGCUCCUGGAACUGUGACGGGGAGAUUCUGCACAACUCUGCCAUUGAGGUCAGGGUCCACUGCCAGCUGAUUCAACUCUUUGCAAGAGGAAUCGAAGAGACGCCUCAGCAGGAGCCCUGCGGCUGAGGAGCACCCACGUCCACCUCGUGCUCGGGAAGUAUGAAGAUUAUUUAAGAAAAUUACCACAGACCAAUUAUGUUGAUAUUUACAUUUACAUUUAGAAAUUUAUUUUUGAUAGUUGAAUCUUGAUUUUAGAAAAAAUACCUUUUGUCAACAAUUUUGCGCAUACUUGGCGUUUAAGUCCCCUGGGAGCCGAGUGGCACUGCGCACAACCGAGUCUCAGCGAGUGGCACUGCUGACGUGGGGCCCGGCUCAGGGGGCAACAACGCACAGACCUAAGGUCGGCCCCUAGUGGCUCCAACGCAAUAAUUUUAGGGACGUACUAGAACUUUCCAGGAAUCAGGCCCACCUGCUGGACGCAGGGCAGCUGCUGGGUCACCCCGAUCAGCUUUGCAAGAUUUCUUCUGGAAUUGUUUGUGAGCAGGCUCUGGAAAGUAGCUGUUUCUCUUUGCCUUCAUUUUACAUCCACCCUCCCUUACGGUCGGCGCGCUGCUGUGUGACGCUUGCCAUCCGUGUGGUGCCAGGAGCCCCUGAGGGCGACGUCGCAGCUUGCAAGCCCCCUGCCCUCGGCCUGCAGCUGUGCUUGGGUGCCUGCGCUCCGUGGUGGCUGUGGACACGCUGGUGAGGCACUGGCAGGGCUGUUCCUCUUAGAAAGGCAAAACAGCGCUCAGCGGGGAGGCUCGCCUGGUGCAGGCCCGAAGGCCUGGGCUGGUCCGCUGUGUCUCCCCUCACGCCCUCUGGGUGUCCGCCGUCUCCUCCAGCAGCCAGCCAUGCUUCCUGCUGAGGCCCUGGAGCCAGGGACCAGGGGCCUCCCCGCAGGCCUCCCUGCACUGGGCUCCCAACUGUGCCCGGCCUUGCUGUUCUCAGACCCACGUGUGUCUGACGGGUGGACGGCAGGACGUGGUGCCUGACCGCUGUCACUGCUACGAGACCAGGGCUCUGCUGCGGCUGUGUCGCUCCUCCCCAGGUCCCCAGGUCCCCAGGUCUCGGCAGCGUGUGGCAGAGCAUCUAUUUUGGGAUUUUUGCAUUGAUUUAUAUGGAGGCAUACACAAAACCUCCUGUUUGCCAUUCAGUGCCACCCAGGCAAGGGGCAGAUUUUUCUGUGCACAGCUUUUCGUGAAUGGGCUGUGCUGGCAAAGGCAGCUGUGGCUGAAUGGUUCCGCAAACGAAGGCUGCGUGACAGUGAGCAGACCGUGCUGUUCCUGUCCAUGUUUGCUCCUGGUUGGGAAGAAACCAAAGGGUCAGAGUGGCAGCUGUUUGAGAGGGCGGUGACCGCUGUGCCCAGCAGCUGGGCGGGCUGGGGGCACCCUCGGACCAGGGUGCUCCCGGAAGGUCCCACCUGGGACGGCACCUGACUCCCAUUUCCCUCUGGGCAGCCCAGGUGGAGGGUCCUGAGGAGGCUGAUCCUGCAGCCUGGGACAGCUGCGGGGGCCUCUGCCCUUCCCACGAUGGGCCGGCUCCGGGAGGCCUCGUAGCAACCUGAGCCCUGCGCUCAGGAGGUUCAGAGGAAAGUAUCCCAAGUGAUGGUCGCUUGUGGACACGUGGGCUCUGGCGGAGCUGGUCUGUCGGCUUCCUCUGGCUGGCGGGUGCCUAGGCAGAGCACUGCCCGGGAACGCCGGGAGGAGAGGGCUUGAUGUUCUGCCUGAUCUUGCUGGUUUCAAGAUUAGGAAAUGGCAUAUUUGAUCUGAUACGUUUGAGAAGACAAAAAUAAAGUUACUUUGGGCAGAAUCUGGCAUUUUCUUUUACAAAUUUCUUUUCAAAGCAGAGUAUUUUCAUGAAAAUACACAGGUGCAAAGAAGAGGAACAAAUGAAGGAAGACGCGUAGCUGUGCCUGUGCCCGAGACCAAAGGGCCUCUCAGCCCUGGGCUAUCCCCGAGGCGGCCUCCCUGCGCAUGGGACUCCAGGCGCCACUUCCUGCUUCUCCAAGGCAGAGUGCUCAGUGUGGGCAUCCGUUUGCCUGGAGAAUGCGGGGCUGGGCUGACACUCGCUGCCCCUGCUGGGGCAGCUGACCUCCAACCAGCAUGAUGGUGCUGGUCGGACUGCACAGGCCACUCGGGAGCCUCUGGAGACCCCUGCUCCUUCGGGUGGGGUGCAGUGAUGCCACAGCCCCACCCUGGGCCCUCCUUGCUCCACCUGCCUUCCGCAGCUGGGUGAGGGGCUGUGUCGUCUGAGGAAGAUCAAGCUGGACUGGCCUUGGGUCAGCGGUGCAGCUGGGGCUCGGGUGGCCAUGGAAGAGCGUGCUCAGGCCGGGCUGUGGGUGCCUGCAGGUUCCCAGGGAGCGCUGUCCCUUCCGCUGUCUCCGGCACCCAGGACCCAGGAUGGUGCCUGCAGUGGCUGAGUGGACGGGGGGGAGCGGGGCACGGGCAUCUGACCCCCUGCACACUCCCCAGGUUUCCACCUGGCUGCUGCCCCCUCCUGGGGAGCUGGGCCGCUGCUCCUCGCACUUGUGUGGGCUGGGGCGGGGAGGCCAGGCACCGUCAGUGUCCCACACAGGUCUCCGCUGGACCUCAGUGGUUUUAGAAGCCACGUGGGAUCCUGGGUCCCUCUGUCAACAUUCGUGUCUCAACCAAGUCAUGUCACCUGGGACCCUUCUGCCCAGGACCCCUAGGAAGCUGGGUGGGGUCAGGGCCUGCACCCCAAUCCCAAGGCACUUCCCGGUCUCAGUCACCAUCCCUCCCCAAGCAGGUGUCCCCUGCUUUCUGGCCUCCAUCUUCUGAGGCCCAGGCCUGCCUCCUGAUGCCCACAGCCCAGCACAACUGCUACCCACCCAUCCCUCCCUGAAGCCUUCCUU